AUGUCUUCUGGCGGAAUAAUACGUCCAAAUCAAAGAUAUAGAAUCCAAGGUGAAUUCUAUACUUUACUCAGUCGAUUAGGCUAUGGAUCAUUUGGAUCUGUCUGGACAUCGAGAACAGAAAACGGUGAUUUUGCUGCUGUGAAAGUAUUUGAUCUGAGUCGUUCAGGAAAUCGUAUUCGUUUAAAUGAACGCCAGAAUUCUUUUCGAAAUGAAAUUAAAAUGUUGGAUAGAAUGCGGAAUGAAACUGAACAUAUUGUAACAAUGUAUACUUUUGAAUAUAAUCCACGAAUUAGUAUGGCUUUUAUAGCAAUGGAAUUGGCAGAUGAAUCGUUAAUAGAUCGAGUUAAAAAUCUUCAUCAAAGACAUCUACGAUCAAGAAUGUUCGAUCGUUUCGAUUUUAUUUCAGCAAACGAUCGACAAAACAUCUGGAUUCAAUUAGUUAAUAUUAUUCUUACACUUCAUCGAUAUGGCAUAAUUCAUUGUGAUUUAAAACCGGCGAAUUUAUUAUUUUUCGGGCCAUUGUUGAAAGUUAUUGAUUUUGGUAUCGCACAAGAUGAAUUUACUGGAUACAAUCGACGUCAAAGAAUAGGUGGUACUCGUCCUUAUAGUGCACCGGAAUGUUUUUCAGAUCGAACACCUGUUACAUCAAAAGCUGACAUAUGGUCAGUAGGUGCAAUUUUAUACUUUUUAACUUAUGGAAAAAGACCUAUAUAUGAAACUGCACAAGCACCAGAUGGUGUUUCACAAACGCGUUCUCGUCUUGUUCAAGAUAUUCUUCAACAUUGUCUUCAACGAAAUGCAUCUCGACGACCAGAUCAUCAAUGGCUUGCUCAACAUCCUUUAACGAUACCUCCGGGAAUAUUUUAA